CCGGGAGUCAACAGGUGCAACGUUUUUUUUUUUUUUUUAAAUCAAAGUGUGACGAUUGAGUUAUCGUCGGGAAUCAGCCAAAACAAAGAUCCCAUUCGCGUAAUAGAAAUUAGGUGCCAGUCAUGGUACCUUAGAAGUUUCAAAAAAAAUUUUUUUUUUCAAUAUUAAAAUUUAGUUUCAUUCUAAAGUCAAUUUGAGUUCGUUGCUGUUUUUUGGUGAAUUUUUUGUACUAAAAGAGAGAGAGAGAGAGAGAGAGAGAGAGAGAGAGAAAAUAAAUCUUCCACUCGCAAAGGGUUGUUUCUUUACCAAAAUGACAAACAAAUUUGAGGUACUUUACUUGACAAUUUUCUUGUCAAGCAUCAUUGGCUAUCAAUGUUCCGAACUCCCGAAGCCUACUUACACUAGAACAAUGUUAAAAGUGUCCAGAAGUCUUCCUGGUGAAACAGAAGAAUUGAAAGUUCGUACCAGUGAAGGUAAAUUAACAACAUUGAUUGUCAAGAGAAAAGAUAGACCACCAAUUUUUGAUAAUUUAAAAACUCUAAAAACAGAACAAAAUGAAUCAACUCGUUAUAAUAAUGAAAAUCCACUAAUAAGUUGGACCAUUAGUAACAAUAAUAAUAAUAAUAAUAAUGAAAACGUUGUUAGACCCCUUGAAGUAGAACAAAUACAAAGAAUACGCUCACAACUUAAUACAAAUCAAUCAGAAAACAAAAAUACCAAUAUAAAUGGUGAUUUUGAAGAUCGUAAUAAAGCCAUUGACUAUGGUAAUUGGAAACCAAUUGAUGAAAUUCAAAAAGAUCAAGAAACACUAAACAGUGAUAAUUAUCAAAAUUUUCAAUCACCCACAACAACCACCGCAACAACAACAGAAAAUAAAAUCUCAAGAAAUAAUUUAGUUUUAAUAAGUAAUUUUCGCGAUAGAAAUGAGAGAAAAUUAAAUUAUCAAAUUGAAGAAAAAAAAGUGGGCAAAUUUUUAAAUAAUAAUGCUGAGCCAUAUGCAUUUUUUCCACAUGAACCACGACCAUUAAAAAGAACAAAUAUUGGCGCAAAUUUAAUGAAAAAUCGUGAUGCAAAAAAUGUACCACCUGAAGUGACAAUAAAAUCAGAAUUAAAUGUUAAAUCAAUACCAUCAAAACAAACGUCAUCAAUAAUGACUAUUGAUAUUGAUGGUACACCAAUAAUACAUGGAAAAAGAGUUCCCGAUGAUCCAAUUGAUAGAUUUCAAGUAUGGAGAAAUGCGAGGGUUAUUAAUAAUCGUUUAAUUCCCGAAGGUGCCAUGUCAGUUACUGUUGAUCCUUCAACACUUCAGCAGUCUUCUGAAAAUCUUGUUGAAAAGCAGAGAUUCAAACAGUUCUUCGAAGAUGUGAAUCGCAGGUACGGCAGAAAUUUCAAUGAUGAGAAUAGAAAUGUGUAUUACGAAUGGGAACCUAAUACCUAUGAAUUCAAGGCUGAUAAUAACAACAACAAUAACAACAACAACAACAACAACAAUAACAACAACAAUAAUAAUAAUAAUAAUAAUUAUAGAUCGACAAUUCAAAAACGAAUGCUUCAUCCCGAAAGUGUCACGACAUUUCCAAAUUCUCCAAUAUACACACCAGAGAGUCAAAAAAUUGCCCCCUUAACAAUGAAACCAGGUGCAAGAGCUCCAGUUUUACAAUAUGCUCAUCCAGAAUUAGGAGUACAACCGGCAAAAAUUUUAAAAAAUGAAAAACGACGACCAGACAAUUUUCCCGAGAAUCAAUAUUCAUUUACCGAGCAACGACAUAAAAAGAAAUAUGUAUUGAAUGAUAAAAAUAUCGUCGAUUCUUAUACGCUAAAAAAUUAUUAUCCCAAUCAACAUUUUUAUGGUCUCAAAAAACCAGAGACACCAUUUUGGAUUAAAAUUUCGGAAAAUUUGAAAAAUCAAUUCUCCACCGGUGUUGAGAAAGUGUCACAAUUUACAAAACCUGUUUUUGAUCCAUUAGUUGAGGCAACUCAUAAAAUUUCACAAAAUUUAGGUCUAUCUAAAAAUCAAGAGGCUCAGGAUAAAAUUGGAACUGUUGCUUCGAGUUCAUCAAUUUUAAUACCAGCAUUGGGUUUAGUUGCUUCGGGUGCUGCACUUGGAAUUGGUGCCGUUGCUGUUGGUAGAUAUUUAGAUGUUGAUGUUUUAAAGAGAUCAAAUGAAAAUGAAGGUGAAAUUGAAGAAACCAGAGCUUUAGAAGCAAUUCCAAAAUUUAUUGAUAAUGAUCAAUUUAUUCAAAUUGAUGAAACUAAAGGCAAAUCUUUAAAUAAUGAUAAUGUCUUUUUGCUUGUAGAAGAAAUUCAACCUUCUUCGAUUUCAACAAUGAAAAGAGAAUCAGAAAUUAUUCCUAACUCAGCGAAUGUAGGACAAACUACAAUAAGCCAAAGAAGAAAACGAAGUUUGGAUCUCGAUAUAUUUGGCACUGAAACAGAUAUGGAAAAUCAUGUUCGAACAAAAAGAUUCCAAAGAAAAGGUGCCGAUCUCAUUACUGAAAUUGUGGAAAUUGAUGUGCCCGCCAAGGGAAAUAUUGACAUUACUGAACUUCUCAUUCCAAAAAGUUCCAAGAAAAAGGAGACUGAAGAUAAUUCCAUUUUAUUGGUGGAAGAUGGAUCAGUGCCAUUGGGAAUAAUGAAUGGAGGUAUUGGUGAAAAAGUAGGUAAUAAUGAGGCUUUAGAUAAAAUGAUAAAAGUCGUUGAUGAAAUUAUAAAGAAAUCUAAUGAUGAAAGGGAAAAAAUGGCUAAAAAUGAUGUAAACAAUAGAACGAGAAGAAGAAAAAGAAGCCUAGACAGUGAUCAAGAAUUAUUGGAUGCUUUUCAAAACUUAGAACAUUCCACUGUUGCUGAAGCAAAUCGAAUUGAUCAUUUUGAUUGGACGAAUACGCAAUGUGCCAAAAAAAUGUUUUGCGAUGCCAUGCUUGAAAAUGGUUCCGAUGCUUCUAUAUUCAUGGAAAAAAGAAUGAAUUCACUAUUAUCAUUAAUACAGCCUGGAGCAGCUGCCCAAGUGUCUGGUCACUUUGAAGAGGUCAUGGAGGCCGUGAGGAGGUACGACUGUUCGAAAUUUGUAUGCCUGCAGGCCAGGCAAGGAAAUGUUCUCUUCUAAUUAUUAUUCCCAAUUUUACAUCACAUCAUAGCAUCUUCAACACCUCUUUUCUUUACAUUCGUUAUUUAUCAAGAUUUAAAACAUCUCAUGAAGAAUAUAGAUUUAAUAGAGCGUCAAAAAUUUUGUAAUUAUUAUUGUCUACAUAUAAUUAGUGUUAUUAUUCUAAUUAUUAUUGAGGCCAAUGAGAGUUCAAUAUAUAAAUAAGUCAAUAAUGGAGGAUGGUCGGCGUAAUUUAACCUCAAAUUAAAAAUUGGUUUUCAACGGAAAUAAAAAAAAUGAUAGAAAAUUUAAUUUCAAUCAAUUUUAGAAUUUAGAAAAUUUCUACUCAUUGGAAUUAGUGAACAAAUUCUCACUAAUUCAAAUUGACAUAGCAAAGAACGACUUUUAAAAUUAUGGAAAUAUUUUUUUCACAAGGUUAAUUAUUUGAUGGAUUUAAAUUAUUUCGCUUCACAAAUAAUUCGCAAUAAUGAAAGAAACUUGUAUUAUUAAUAAGCCAAAACUGUACAUAUUUAUUAACAAUUAAUUUAUAAGUAAUAUUUAUAUUACCAUUAUAAAAAAAUAUCUUAAUGAUAAUUAAAUAAUACUAUUUAAUUAUUUGAAUAUAAGUAUUUGAUACUAUAAAUAUCAAUUAUAAUUAUCAAAUAUAUAUAUUUUAUAUUUGUCCUUUGGUAAGACAAACAUUUUUUUUCUUAAAAAAGAGAAAAAUCUUCUUCACAUGAUGAUUUUAAUUGUAUAGUAAAAAACAAAAUGUGACAAAAAAGAAAGGUUUAUAUAUUAUGAUCUCUCUUGAGAAUGAAAAUAAACUCCAAUCAUCAUUUUUCUUCAAAGGACAAGUAAAUUAAACGAUACAUGAUUCAUUUGGUUUUUUGCAACUCAAUAAAUAUAUUUAUUUUCUCCUUGUAUGAAUGCUUAUGAAUUUUACAUUAUAAGAUUAACUGAUGAAGAUCAAUUAUUGUAAAAAUAAAAGAACUUGUUAAUUAAAUUUAUUAUACCUACACUUAA